AAACACCUUUAGGCCUCCCCAAUGAUCGUGAGCGGGAGGCGGUCUCUUGUUUGUUGGCUUGUAUUUGUGUGUUUGCGGGGACUUAAGGGUUUGUGGGGGCGAAACCGAACGGGCCAUGGCAGCAGCGGAGGAGGAGGAUGGGGGCCCCGAAGGGCCAAACUGCGAGCGGGGCGGGGCGGGCGCCACCUUCGAAUGUAAUAUAUGUCUGGAGACGGCUCGGGAGGCUGUGAUCAGUAUGUGUGGCCACCUGUACUGUUGGCCCUGUCUUCAUCAGUGGCUGGAGACGCGGCCAGAGCGGCAGGAGUGCCCAGUGUGUAAAGCUGGCAUCAGCAGAGAGAAGGUGGUCCCCCUUUACGGGCGGGGGAGCCAGAAGCCCCAGGAUCCCAGGUUGAAAACGCCCCCCCGCCCCCAGGGCCAGCGACCAGCUCCGGAGAGCAGAGGGGGCUUCCAGCCGUUCGGCGAUCCCGGGGCCUUUCACUUCUCGUUCGGCGUGGGCGCCUUUCCCUUCGGAUUUUUCACCACCGUCUUCAACGCCCACGACCCAUUCCGCCGCGGUGCAGGUGCGGAUCUGGGACAGGGCCACCCGGCCUCCAGCUGGCAGGACUCUCUCUUCCUGUUUCUCGCCAUUUUCUUCUUUUUCUGGCUGCUCAGUAUUUGAGCCGUGUCUCCUUUCUGCCCACCUCCAGCCAGAGGAGAAUCAGUAUUGGGGUCCCCGCUGACCCUUCCUCACGCCUGGGCCCUCGCCCAGCCCCUCCACUUCCGUGGGCCACUCUCCGGGCGGGGUGGGGAGCGCGCUGCCCGCGGGGCCCCGGGUGGACGGGGGACGGAGGGGCGGCCGGACAGAGGGGCCGCCUGGGGCCGCUCUCACUGCACCUCCGCGCAGCCCCUCCAGCGCGGGGAGAGGGACUGAAGAGAAGGUCUGUUUCUCCUCUUCCCUCAUCCCGUGCGUCCCCCGUUUCUUUGAUUUGAUUUUGAAAGGUGGGCAAGGCUCCCUCUGACUCUCCCUGACCUCCCCCUUGAUUUAAUUUAAUUUCCUCUCCCCAGGACCUACUGUGGGUUCUGACUAAGUGCUCCCCCUCCUGACUCCUUUAUCACACGUUCAAUAAACAAGAUUAUUGAUG